AUGGUUGCGGGCAACUUGGCUUUUCGCCGCGCAUCAGAAGAAGACGCAGUCCAACUUGAGCGCCUCAUCAACACAGCUUUUCGCGACGACACAACUACUCAGGUGUUCCUGUCCCCCGACCAUGGCCGCAUAGAUGUCACCGACGUCUCCGGCAUCAAAGCCAAGAUCGCGCAGCCCAACAGUGCCGUAUUUGUUGGCACUGACUCAGACGGCACACUCAUCGCUCAUUGCGGCGUGCGAAAGCUAGAUGAGAGUCGCGCCUGGUUCGGCCUGCUUGCCGUCGAUGUCCGCCUCAAGAACCGCGGUGUUGGCAGCAAGAUUCUUGCCCACGCUGAGGAUUAUGCCCGCCGUGAAUGGAACUCCAAAAGGCUGGAAUUUGACGUUGUGAACACGCGGGCAGAUCUGAUUGCUUGGUACAAGCGCCGUGGGUUCGAACCAACUGGCGAGACGACGCCAUUCCCUUACGAGUACCACGGCGAUUGGAAAGGUGUUCUGCGAGACGACUUGGAAUUUGUUGUUUUCGGAAAGGAUCUCUUGUAG